CUCGAAAACAAAAUCGACGGGUCUGAAGUUUUUCAAAAAAAAAACUGAGCUGCCAGUAAAUGCGUCUGUUUCGUUUUCGAUGCGCCACACUGUAUAUUUGAGUGCAUUCCAAUCUACUCGUAGUACUCAUACUCAUCCAAUUGUGAGUACUUUCGCUGAGUACAUCUUGCAAAAAACUCGAGGGCACUGUUUUCGGUACACUGCUCAGCUGUGACUACAAGGGGCCCAAAUGAGACUACUACGAUAUCUGGCUAGCUUCUCGCUAAUACAAACUAUAGCACUAACGUUUUCCCUAAAUAAACAGCUUAACACAGAUAAUAACCUACGAAUAAUUCGGUUGUUUUGAAAAUAUAUUCCACAUAUAUCUUAUUGGUUAGGUAAACAUGACGAUCGACGAAUACAGAACAAUCUACAAUACUCAUCACCAAAGGAUCGUAACACAAAAGAGGAACUUCAUCAGAUGCAGAAAGAGCUAUAUCAGAAUUGAUAUCCAGAAAUCCAUUUUUGUCUUCGUUGGCCGCUAAUGGAGAAACAUCCCAGGAAGCUUCUGGACAAAAUUUUAACCGGCCAACCACUCAAAGGCCACAAGUGAAGACGUCCAUACCACCCCAAAGGAGGCCAGAGGAAAACAACAACCUUCCUGGUACAAGGCAAACACAGAUUGGUGUGAUGCCAAAAAUAAAUGCAGACACAAUACCGUUCGAGGACACUUGUGGCAGAGCAGUCACAAUCAACCAGCUAGUCUUCCAUGGAGGCAGUGUUCAAAAAGGGGCCUAUCCUUGGUUGGCCGCGUUAUUUUGGGCUAAUUCCUCUGCAGUAUCAUACACUGUUUCGUACAAAUGCAGUGCUACGCUCAUUUCUCAACUUCAUGUGGUAACAGCUGCCCAUUGCGUGAAAAGGAAAAACCGCGGUUACGACGAAACCCUGGACGCUAAAGACCUGCUGGUGAAACUGGGAAAGCUGAACAUCCAAGAAUGGACGUACAGUCCCGGGGAGAAGAUUAUCGCUCCCAAGUCUAUCACGGUGCAUCCCGAUUACAUUUCCUCGCAUAGCGAUGCGGACAUUGCAGUGUUGGAAUUGAUCGAGAGGAUUGAGUUUACUACAACCAUUAGGCCUAUUUGCUUGUGGAGUGGGCCGACAAACUUGGAAGUUGUUGUAGGAAAACUGGGCACUGUGGUAGGAUGGGGAAUGGAUGAAAAUGGGAACAUAACCACCUCAGAACCUAGACAAGUGAGCCUGCCAGUUGUUAGCCACGAAGACUGCCUAAGCAGUUCAGCUAUUUUUGCCACACAGGUCACUGGAAGGACGUUUUGCGCUGGUUUUAGAAACGGUUCCGGACCAUGCAACGGGGACAGCGGAAGUGCCUUCGCACUACAACAAAAUGGCCGCUGGAUGCUGAGAGGUAUAGUGUCCAUUUCUGUGUCAGAGCACGCCACUAGACACUGCGAUUUGAGUAAUUACGUUAUAUUCACUGACGCCAGUAAAUACGUUGACUGGUUAUUAUCCUUUUUCAAAUAAACGGUUCUAGUUUUUA